GCUGAGCCAGCGGGGGUCUUUGAACUGCAGGUGCAUUCCUUCACCACCAGCAACCCCCAGAAAUUCUGCCGGGGGGCUCAGCCCUGCCACCUCUUCUUCCGGGUCUGCCUCAAACACGCCCAGGCUGUGGUCUCCCCGGAGCCCCCCUGCACCUUCGGGGCAGCCCUGAGCAACAUCGUCCCUGCGGAUCGUCAUGCCGUGGCAGCCAGCGGACUCAUCCGUGUCCCCUUCCACUUCAAGUGGCCGGGCACUUUUUCCCUCAUUAUCGAAUCCUGGAGGGCUGACUCCGGAGAGCCAUCCACAGAGGAUGCCCAGAGGCUGAUCAGCCGGUUGGCGACCCGCCGUCGCCUGGCAGUGGGUGAGGAGUGGUCGCAAGAUGUGCAGCUGGGCGAUCAAAGCGAGCUGCGCUACUCCUACCACGUCACCUGUGACGAGCACUAUUACGGGGAGAGCUGCUCCGAUUACUGCCGGCCGCGGGACGACACCUUCGGCCACUACACCUGUGACGAACUGGGCCGCCGGAUCUGCCUAGCCGGGUGGCAGGGCGACUAUUGCUCAGAACCCGUCUGUCUGGCCGAGUGCAGCCGCAGCCACGGCUACUGUGAGAAGCCCGGCGAGUGCAAGUGCCGGAUCGGCUGGCAGGGCCCCUCCUGCGACUCCUGUGUGCGCUACCCUGGCUGCCUGCAUGGCACCUGCCUGCAGCCCUGGCAGUGCAACUGCCAGGAGGGUUGGGGGGGGCUCUUCUGCAACCAGGACCUCAACUACUGCACCAACCACCACCCGUGCCAGAACGGGGCCACCUGCACCAACACGGGCCAAGGGAGUUACACCUGCACCUGCCCGGCAGGCUUCCUGGGCACCAACUGCGAGGUGGAAGUCAACGAAUGCGACAGCAGCCCCUGCAGGAAUGGAGGCAGCUGCAGCGACCUGGAGAACGACUACAAGUGCACCUGCCCGCAAGGCUUCUACAGCAAGAACUGUGAAAUCAGCGCCAUGACUUGUGCUGAUGGGCCGUGCUUCAACGGUGGCACCUGCAUGGAGAAACACUCGGGGGGCUACACAUGUCGCUGCCCCCUGAACUACCACGGCUCCAACUGUGAGAAGAAGAUAGACCGGUGUAGCAACAACCCCUGUUUGAAUGGUGCUCGCUGCCUGGACCUUGGCCGGAGUGUGCUCUGCAAGUGCCUCCCGGGGUUUGCCAGCUCCCGCUGCGAACUGAACAUCGACGACUGCGCCUGCAACCCUUGCGCUAACGGAGGCACCUGCAUCGACGGCCCCAACUCCUACUCCUGCUCCUGCACCCUGGGCUACGGCGGGAAGGACUGCAGCGUGCGCAUGGACGCCUGCAGCUCCAACCCUUGCCAGAACAGCGGCACCUGCUACACUCACUUCUCCGGCCAUGUCUGCGAGUGUCCGGCCGGCUUCAUGGGCUCCAGCUGCGAGUUCCACGUCCAGCUGCCCACGCCCGUCAGCAGCCCGUGGAUGGCCGAGGGACCCGUCCCCACCGCCCUGGCCGUCUCCUUCGCUCUGGGGCUGCUGACCUUGCUGCUGGCAGCCUGCGCCAUCCUGGCGGUGCUUCAGCACCUGAGGAACGGGUCUCACCCCCGGAAAAGCCGCGUCUGCAACGACCUGGUGGCCGUCAACAACUUCAGAGACCGGGAGAACCGCCUCCUCUCACGCGGCUGCUUCAAAGUCUCCAACAAGGAAGCCCCGUUUCACGGGGAUCGCUUCAGCUGCAAGCGGAAACUGCUGGACCAGAGUUACGAGUCCAUCUGCAAGAAGCUGGACAAUAAACCGUCGGAGCCCAGCUGGCCCGUUGCUCCGGAGUGUCCGAAGGACGACACUUACCACCCGAUCUACAUCAUCCCCGGCCAGGUGGAGCCCUGCGUCUACGCCACGGAGGUCUAA